AUGUUUCCAUUGAUCAAUCGAAGUGUUGAAAUUCUCAUGGCAAAGAUGGCUGAACAGUAUCAAUACGGUCAAUCAUUUGAUAUCUUCACUUUUCUUAAACGUUUCACUAUGGAUACAAUUUGGUCGUGCGGAUUUGGUCUUGAUACUGAUAUGCAGAACAAUCCAAACAAUCCAUAUCUUCUUGAAUCACAACGAGUCUUAACCAAAGAAUGUUGUAUAACUAAACUGUUAAUUUGCUUUACUUUUAUAACUGAACUCAAAUGGCUCUGGUAUCGACUCUUUCACUACGAUGGGGUGAUUCGAUACUGGCUUCGUCAUUAUCUACCGAUAACACGAAGAUUUAUCAGCGAGGAACCAAAACUAUGGAUUGAAAAACAAGCAGAAGAAUUAAUACACAAACGCAUCGAGUUGGGCAAUACAAAUCGAAUAGAUCUGUUGCAAUUGAUGCUUGAAUCAGCUUCGGAUCGUGACUUCAUUGAAGAUCAGCAAACAUCAGUUGUUGCCAAUGUUAAUAUGGACAUCGAAGCGCCUAUGGUUCGAAAACUGACUAAAGAUGAAAUUUUGGCAAACAUCUAUUUUUUCAUGAUCGCUGGCUACGAAACGACAAGUACGGCACUUGCUUAUGCUUGUUAUGUCCUAGCGACUAAUCCAAACGAACAACGCAAAUUACAAGAACAUAUCGAUACUCAUUUCAAUCCAACAACCGAACAUGAAAAUCCAAGCUAUGAAGUGAUUGCAGAAAUGGAUUAUUUGGAUAUGUUUAUUCGCGAAACUCUUCGUAUGUAUCCAACUGCACCGAGCGUCGUUCAUCGGCAGAAUGUUGAAGAGUUUCAUAUCAGCAAUAUAGGCACCAUUCCAGUUGGUACUCUCAUCACUGCGAAUAUGUAUAGUUUACAUUUUAAUCCUAAUCUUUGGGGUCCAGUUGAUCCGCAUACGUUCUAUCCGGAACGAUUUGUUACUAAGCGACAUCCGCUUGCAUGGAUUCCAUUCGAUACACGAGGUAAAAAUAACGAACACAGUGCUGAUUUGGGGUCGUCGCCAAAUAAUUGCAAAUCAUCGGUGUCUGACGAGUCUCGGAUGAGUACAACGUUUCAUAAAUCAUCAGCUGGUACUAGUUUCGAUACUGGUGGUCGCAUGCAUCGAGACAAAGUCAAACCAGUUGAAUUAAAUGAAGAAGCUAGUGUUGACACACAAAUUGUAUCAAAUACUUGUCUUGCUCAUUUUGAAGGUUUAGCAGCUAUUCAAUAUACAGAAUUGGAAUUUGAUAUACGAAAAUUAGAAAGUCUUGGUUUGUCAUUACAAGAAGAACGUGUUCCAUGGAUAUUUUUUGCAACAUUUUCUAACCAAUUGCAGCAAUUAUCAAAACAUGUUCUGCGUGAAAAUUAUAUUUUUUUCUAUGAGAGUGCAAAUGUCGAUGUAGCACAUACAAUAGAAGAAGUAUCAUUUACAAAGAAACAAGAUCUGAAUGUUGAAACUGUUGAACAAUUUACAAAUGGUCUUAUUGAUUUUGUUGUUAAUUAUGAUUUACCUGAUACAAGUGAUUUUUAUAUUCGUCGUAUUGGUCGAACAAGUCAUACUGAUUAA